AACUUCAAGUUGAAGUUCUCGGCAUGCCAUCGUUUCUCUGCGGGGUUCCAAGGAUAUGCCACAACGUCAGCGCAAAGAAGCACGGGUGUUGGGGGGAGCUGGGCUGAUGCGUGGGCAGGAGACUUGCGAUUAACUACGUAUGUCGAGGGGGGAAGGAUGGGUUGCGCGGAGGUGGGGGGCGCGGGCGAAACGGCGACGGUGACCUUUCAAGGGUUGUAACUGGGGCAAUCGUGUUGAGCUGAGAGGCGCGAUGCUCGGUGAAUAUGAGCCGGUGGCGCCGUACGAUUUCGCAGGCGACGAAGCCGCCGUGACGGCCAAGUACCAGCGCGGGUCGAAGCUCGUUGCGUCGGUCUUUAACAAGUACCACAAUGGAUCACAUCGCAUAGUCGAUGCCACGGUUAUCGCAGCCCUCAUGCGCGAAGAGGAUGCCCUCUUUGGCCUCCAAUGCCUCGUUGAACAAGGCCCUGCUGCCAUAUGCCGCGAGCGCAAGGAGUCGGAAGUUCGGACCAUCGCGAGCCAGACGACCAAGGCUGUACAAGGUUUGGCAACUGGAAUUGAAUCCGUCGGCUUGAUGCACGUAGGGAGCUGGAUCCCCACGCUGUGUGGUGGACUCUUGGGGACGCCCAACACGAUCAUGUUUGUGGACUCGAUCCCACCGCCGACGCAUGAUGUUCAUGCGGUGGGGUGUUAGGCGCAAUUGGGAUAACCUCGGCGAGAAAAGUACACUCACGGCGAUGCAAGAGUACCUCGAGUUGCUCGAGAAGUUGCUGCCUGGAUGGGACGACCAGCCCAUGUUUCCCGUUGCUCUCUCGGAUCAUUUCUGGAAGGACGACGCAGCAGCGACCGCUUGCGCAGCGUGCCAUGUUGAUUUCUCGCUGCAGCGUCGGCGCCACCACUGCCGCAUGUGCUUUGACAUCUUUUGCCACGGGUGCUCGCCGCAUGUGGUCGAGCUACAGCUGUCUCCCGGCGCCCCUGCCCGUCCGCUUCGCGUGUGCACACCAUGCAAAGCAGCGAUCGACAACGACAAACGCUUGAUGGAAGUGCGCCGUUUGGUCCAAGAAAACCGAGACCUCAAAGCACGGAUUCAGUCGAUUGCGCAUGACACGGACACGAGGGUUCACGCGCAGAUGGCGGUCGCGGCGACCCUCCGCACGAACGCGAUUGCUCAAGGAUGCAACAUGACAGCGGUCGACAAGUCGAUUCAGGACAAAUGCCGCGAUGAUGACCCUGGCGCGGCUGUGCUCGAUUUGCACAUCAAGACACCGCCCGCGCACAAAUUUCGCCCGAGCGAAUCUGUCGAAGCCAGCGAGCAACUGCGUGUGGCAAACCGACAGCUCGUGUUGUGCCUCAAAGUCGCCGAAACUCGAGCGAAGAAAGCGCUCGAAAGAGUCGACGCGACGACGGCCGUGCUACAAGAGGCCAUUCAAAACCAGCGCAAACCAUGGCGCCCCAUUGCGCGGCUCGUUGUGCCGUUCUUGACGAUUGUGGACCUCAAGCGUCUUGCACAGUCGGCGCGGCCGUUCCAGGCAUACAUUGCCACCCACGACCUCGAACGGAGCUCGUGCUAUCGCCGAGCGUUUCCUCACCACUUUCGGCCGCAAUUCUGGAUGUGGCGCACCUGUUGCGAUGCAGACACGCACAAGUACAUUUGCGACUUGGCGGACGCCCUGUCGUCGCAUCUCGGCCACCCAUCCGAUUCGGACGACGCGCUGCACUGGUCGUCGAUUAUGCUCAAGUCGUCCGCAACGUGGUCCGAAGCGUACUCGCUUGUGGUGGCGAAAUGCGGCGCCGACGGAACCCUCGAGCACGACAAGCAAAUCCUCGCCGACGUCCAGCGCACGUUUGGCCGGUCGUCGCUUCGAAAGCAAACCCGCAAGUUGGCGCUGCAUGCGGCCCAAGACGAUGUCGACGCGAAGAAGGUUGCAUUGGCCCGAGUUCUGCGCGCGUUUACAGCCACCCAUUCGACCCUCGGCUACUGUCAAGGAAUGAACUUUUUGGCCGCGUUUUUGUUGACAAACGUGCACUGGAACGAAGCGCAGGCGUUCUGGCUGCUCACUGCCGUGGCAGUGUCGCCGCAGUAUCAACUCAUGGAACUGUAUCGCCCGGGCGUUCCCUUGCUCAACUUGCGCUUCUAUCAGCUGCAGGCGCUGGUCCAGCAGCUUCUCCCCGACUUGCACGCGCAUUUUGAGGCCCACGACUUUCACGUGAGCAUGUGCGCGUCGGGGUGGUUCAUGACGCUGUUCACCAACUGCGACACGUUGCCAGCAGACGCUGUCGUCCGCGUCCUCGACUGCUUCCUCGUGUACGGCUGGAAGUGCAUCUUUCAAGUCGCGCUGGCGCUGCUUCAAUUCCUCCAACCCGAUCUUCUUCAAGUCGACUUUGAAGCGAUUGUCGACGUGUUUUACACGCUCGACGACAAUGCGCUCAUAUUGCAUCCCGAAUACUUGAUCCAUGCAGCGCACGCGAUGCCCGUGACGGAUCAAAUGCUGAACGAGCUCCAAGCAGCGUACGAGCUCGAGUUCCCCGGCACUCUUGGGUCGCUGCGGCCGUACGCGACCACGCCAUCCGCCGUGCAAGUUGCAGGCAAGGCAGCGGCGACGCCAACGCGCCGCACGCGCUUGCUCCCGUCGCUCCUCACGGCGCUGUCCCUUUCGAAUUCAAGUCCGACGGCGGUCGACGACGACGUCGGCAUGCUCGAUGUGAAUUGCAAGAUUUCGUGAUUUUACCUAACAAUCUGCUGCUUUUGACACGUGGCACACCUUCACGCGUCGCUGCUUUUGUAUGUUUUCGUUCACGGUGAUCUGUCUGUCGUUCGCUCGUCAUGCGGUCGUCGACGACGUUGCCGUGGGCCGAUGCGAUCUGUGCCCUGCGCUCCAACACGUUCGGAGCCAACGGCUGAUGGUCUCGCAAUUCGGCGGGGCGGCCUUUGCCCAGCGCUUCGACAUGGCACACAACGUCUCGCGGCAGGAGCGGAAUUCGGAGUCGCGAU